CCCCGUCAUUGGUGUCAGUGGGAAGAAUCGUGCUCCAUCAUUAGUGUCAGUGGGAGGAAUAGUGCCCCAUCUUUGGUGUCAGUGGGAAGAAAUGUGCCCCAUCAUUGGUGUCAGUGGGAAGAAUCGUGCCCCAUCAUUGGUGUCAGUGGGAAGAAUCGUGCCCCAUCAUUGGUGUCAGUGGGAAGAAUCGUGCCCCAUCAUUGGUGUCAGUGGGAAGAAUCGUGCCCCAUCAUUGGUGUCAGUGGGGGGAGGAAUAGUGCCCCAUCAUUGGUGUCAGUGGGAGGAAUAGUGUCCCAUCAUUGGUGUCAGUGGGAGGGAUAGUGUCCCAUCAUUGGUGUCAGUGGGAAGAAUAGUGCCCCAUCUUUGCUGAC